AUGAUAGGUACUUCACUCACAGUUGAGCAGUAAUCGUUUGAUGACUUCAUAGAACAUCAAUUUGAAAAUGAACUCAUAAACUUUCAAAAUAAAGAGCCAUAUAAUCAGCGAGGAGUAUACUUCAUUGAGAUAAGAGAUUUCCUAUGGUUUAAUGUCAUAAACACAGAUUCUACUAAGUAAAAGUAUCCUAUGAACCUUACAAGAUAGUAAUUUCACUGGCACCUUGAUGGUAUUGCUACAAGACUCUUCAAGACUAAAGACUUGUUCUACAUGAGUGAAGAUAUGAAUCUACUCUCUUCUCAUAAGAUUAACAAUAAAUUUUUGAAGUAUUCAGAGAAAGUGUCUGAUAACUUCAAAGGAUACCAAUUGAAAUAUGACUUGACUUUUGAAGCAUCUCCUGAGACUAAAACAUUGAAGUUCACUGACUAUGUAAAGCUUUUGAAGAAAAAAACCGAUGAAGUAUCUGAAGAAGAUUAUAAAUGGAUAUUUGAAGGAGCAGCAAAGUUUUUAGAUAGCUCAGAAAUAGUCCCAAAACUGACAUAUGCGACCUAUCCUCGAUCAGGCAACAGUUUCUUUCGAAAGUACUUUGAGACCAUCACUGGUAUAUCAACAGGAAAUGAUAUUGAGUGCAGAUACAUGGUCAAUCUUGCUUUACAAAUGCAAGGAUUCAAAGGAUAAUCAGUGAUUGAUGAUAGAGUCUGGAUGGUAAAGACUCACUAUCCUGAUGGGUUCAAUGUUGAGUUAGAUUAUGAAACAAACAAAGUAGCUCUUUGUGUAAGAAAUCCUUUGGAUGUUUUGGCUUCGCAGUUUUCCUUUCUGUUCACCUGGACACAUUCUAAAAACACAGAGUAAGAAUUCCACAAAGAUUUCCAAGAUACUUGGGAAAGGUUAGCAAAGUAUUAAUUGCAUGAGUGGAUCGCAUUUCACAAAUGGUGGAUUGAUUAUGCCAAGGCAAAAGAAGUGCCAUUAUUCUUCUUUAGGUAUGAAGACAUAAUCUCUUCUACUCCUAAAGAUACAUUUGAAGAUUUUUUCAGCUUUGCUCUAGACUUAAAAUCUAUAAAGGAUACUUUGAUUGGACAAAGAAUUAAUGAUGUGAUAAAGAACUAAGGCCACAGCGCGAGUCUUAUUUAUCAACCAAGAUCUUCAACAGGAGGAUAAGCAUCAUAAAAAACAUAGGUCAAUAAAAAUUUACAUAGAUAUUCAUAAGUGCUACUCGAUUACAUAAAGGAACAGGCAGCAGACUUAUUGUACUUUUUUGGUUAUGUAUAGAUCGAUAAGGAAACCCCUGAGAGGACAGGAUUUUUUAAUUACAAAGAUCAUGAUCCAAAACUUCUUGCUUAAUCCCAUGGAUUCAAGGAAUGGAACAAAUAAUUAUUUAUCCAAAAUGAGAAAGUUGAACACUUCAAAGCUUAAGAACCUUCAUACUUCAAAUCAUAAGAGGGCAUUUAAUAUUUCCGAAGCUUGAUUGGGAAGGAAAUUGUCGACCCUCUAGUUCUAAAUGACAACAUUAUCGUUAGGAUGGCUAAUUGA